GUCCCGCAAAUUGAAGAAGAAAAUGCGAAACAAUUCCGGUUCCGUGGACUUGAAGUGUUGACCUGACAAAAUGCUCGCCCGGUUGUCACGGUUUAGGCCUGCCUUGACCCGUUUUCGCCCUAACCUGGCGUGCGGGACUCGGUUCGUAUCUCAAUCCUCGGGUGCUGCUGGUUCGGCCACAGUGUCGGAUUUGCAGCCCUCGCAUGCCAAAGAAGGCCAUGGACAAGCAGAGGUCAGCGCGUUCGAAAAGGUGAGUUGGUCCUGAAUCGAAACGGAAAUACCAUUCUCUAGUUCUCAUCUGUUAUUAUUUACAUUUUUCACAUCCAUUGUAGUUUUUGACAUAACGAUACACAUUCCUUCAGUCAAACAUAGUGGCUAGCUACAUUACUAUCUGCACUCAGGGAUAGUACUAGCUAGAAACGUUAGCUAGCUACUGUAGCUAGCUAGGUAACACAUUGUUUACAAUGCAGUGUAUCAUGAAACCAUAACAACAAUCUCUCUCAAAUCUCGACAGAAUCGAGAUUAUCAUGGGUUCUCUCAGGACCCUGUCGUUGACGAGUGGAACAUGAGGAUGGCCUUCUUCUUUGGCAUCUCUAUGGCUAUUGUAGUUGGGGGUACCUUCAUCCACUAUUUGCCAGACCAUGGGUAUGUUUAAGCCACACUGCACAUCCCUCUUUGUUACUUGCUCUGUCACUUGCUGGAGCAGGUGCACAAAGAGUUUGAAAAGCCCAGCUACAAAACAUACAAAGCACAUGCUCUUUCCAUGAUAGACUGACCAGGUGAAUUCAAAUGAAAGCUAUGAUCCCUUAUUGAUGUCACAUGUUAAAUCCACUUCAAUCAGUGUAGAUGAAGGGGAGGAGACAGGUUAAAUAAUGAUUUUUAAGCCAACCAAACUACACUGAUGAAGAAUGUCUUGAAACAUCUCUAUCAAGCUUGUCAACCAGAUACUACUUUAAGGCAACCAAACUAUCGGAAACCAGUCUUUUUCAGUUAAAGGCAGCGACGUGAGGAGACUCAUUUUGUCUUUUGUUUUUGGAAAACUAUUUUGGGAUAAUGGUGCAAAAGGUUGUGUCAUCAUCCCCUUCAUUUGACGAAGACGACUGAUUCAAUAUUUUAUUAAUCAAAUGUUUUUUUGUGUAAAAAAAUUGUAAUGUUUAUAUAUCACAUUACACAUUUAGUAAUGACAGAAUGCAUUUUAAACUUCACGCACAAUAACACUUUUGUAUGACUUAAAAAAAGUAUUGUAGCGAUAGGAGUGGGGGAUAAAAAGGUGCUUGUACAUUGAUAAUAGAGCUCUGCUACCCAACCCAGACGGGCCCGACAUUAUACAUUGGGUUAGGGCCUGUUUUUUCAUCAAUUACUAGGGUACGGGUAGGGCUCGCGUAUCACUAAAUUGAUCACUAACAUUUUGAAGCUGAGCCAUUUACUUGUGCUCUGCUAUGCAGUACAGUCAUAUCUGACUAAGAUCAUAACAUGGUGUCAGAAGUGCUUCAACCUCAUCAAAUAUAAGACAGGAGAGACUAUUUCACAGAAAAUAAAUGUUCCUUGAUUUGGAAGGCGGACGAGCAAUAUACACCGUCGUAGUACGGAUGAAGCCUGAGCUGGAAUGUGAAGCUGGUUAGCUUUAGAAAACCCUGAGUAGAAUGUAGCUUGCUUCGUAGGAUACCCCUCUGGACUCCACAAAUUCACUUAUGUUGUCUCCAUCUUUGAACCUCUAAACAAGCAUCCAACAGACACACACACACACAUCUUACGUGCUUGAUUUAGUUGAUCAUCACAAACAUAAUAAUUGAUCAUUAAUCUUUUUGGCCUGUCUUUUUCUCACCAGUAUGAGACAGUGGGCCAGGAGGGAAGCAGAAAGGUUGAUCACACAGAGAGAGGCUGCAGGUCUUCCUCUUAUGGAGGAGAACUACUAUGACCCAAGCAAGAUUGUGCUACCAGGAGCCGGAGAAGAGUAGGAUGUACUAUAAGGAGCUGCACAUUGAUCAUUUGUUUUUUCUGACUGUACAUUUCUCUUCAGUAUAAUGUUAUAAAAAAUAUACUACUCUACUACACCAUUGCUUGAUCAUUCUUUUGU